GAAUACAACAUCCUCGGAGAGGUUGGCUCGGUGGUGCUCGGCGUUCAAUCUGUUUUCUCCAACUAUACGGCACCCUUCCUGGGUCAUACCAUGCGCCAGAGGAUUGAACUAGCCAAGAUAGGUCAAUAUUGUGGCAUUUCGCUCUCCGGCCGCGCCAGAAACCUGCCUAUGCCGGGUCUCAUUGGCAAGAUCAGCGCUACCGAUGUCACGGUUCUUCAAGAAUCUCAGAAGAUUAAUGCCUGCUCAAAGUAG